GUUCGGUUGCUCUUCUAAGAAGGUCUUAUUACGCAGUCAUGUUUUGGAAGAAAGAAUUUUUAGUGUUCUUAGUUUUCGUGACUAGUACAAAAUUUGCAACAUCACAGAAAGUGUGUAAGUCAAAAGUGUGUCAAUUAGAAGCUGAGAAUAUGAAAAGUAAAAUAGAUGAUUCUGUAUCACCGUGUGACGAUUUCUAUCAAUAUGCUUGUGGAAAUUAUAAUCCAGACAUACCUGACGAUAAAUCAGAAGCAAAUGUAUUUAAUGUUCUGCAAGAUUUAUUGGACGAGCAACUUAAUGAAGGUAUGAGCGAAGAAUCAUCGGAUCGAGACAUAAAUCCUUUGAGAGUUGUGAAGAAUUACUAUCAAGCUUGUAUGGAUAAAGAAACCAUCAACAAAAUUGGACUAAAGCACGUUGUGGAGAAAAUGGUUUAUCUUGGAGGAUGGCCGGUAGUCAAAAGUCAUAAUUGGGAUGAAUCUUCAUGGAGAUAUCAAAAGUUUGUUCAAACUGCAGAGCUUUUAGGCUUUCCUCAGAACUAUCUCUUUGGAUUUGGAUUGAUACAAGAUUUGAAAAAUGAUACUAGGAGAAUAUUGGUGCUCGAUCAACCAGGUUUAGGACUAAGCAGAGAAUUUUUAAUAAAAGGACUCAAUGAAUCGUUGGUCCAAGCUUAUCAUUCUUUCCAAGUUGACCUAGCCGUAUUAUACGGUGCAGACAAAGAAGAUUCCGAAAAAGAUAUGAAGGAUGUCCUCGAUUUUGAAAUUGCUUUUGCAAAAAUCACACAAUCAAAAGAAGAACGACGCGAUGUGACAAAGCUGUAUAACUUGAUAACAGUUAGCGAAUUGCAGAUGAUGUCUCCGUGCUUACAUUGGCUUAAUUAUAUGAAUGCUUUCCUUCCAAAAGAUAAACAAAUUGAUAAAAGCGAGGUUCUUAUGAUUACCAGUAAGCAGGUCUUCAUUGAUAUUCAUAAGUUAUUGACUAGCACACCACAAAGAACAAUAGCAAACUAUGUAAUGUGGAGAAUUGCUCUAUCAACAUCAAGUCUUUUAUCCGACGAUAUUCGAGAGAGGCGACUCCAAUACACAAAAAAGUUGACUGGCGUUGAAAAGUACAAACCAAGAUGGAAGGAAUGCGUCAGUUGGACCUCAAACUACCUCUCAAUUGCAUCUUCAGCUCUUUAUGUUCGAAAAUAUUUUAAUGAAAAAUCAAAGCAUGAUGCAUUGGAACUUGUUGAUAGAAUCAAAGAAGAAUUCAGAACAACACUAAAAACUAUUGAGUGGAUGGAUGAAAAAACAAGAGUUGCUGCUAUUGAGAAGGCUUUAAAGAUGACAAAUUUCAUUGGAUAUCCUGAUGAAUUGAAUGAUGACAAGAAACUAAUUGAAUACUAUGAAGAUCUUGAGAUCAACAACAAAGAAUUCUUUAAAUCCUUCCUUAAAUUAAAUCGAUUCAGUUCAAAGAAGGAUCUUGUCAAGUUCCGCGAAAUAGUUAAUAAAACAGCUUGGGAAGACCAUGCUGAGGUUGCACUUGUUAAUGCAUUUUACAGUCCAAUCGAGAACAGCAUCCAAUUCCCAGCUGGUAUAUUACAAGGUCAAAUGUUCUCAGCUGAUCGACCAAAGUACAUGAAUUACGGAUCAAUUGGCUUUGUCAUCGGACAUGAGGUGACUCAUGGAUUUGACGAUCAAGGUAGUAGAUUCGAUGGAAAUGGCAACUUAGUUGAUUGGUGGGCCAAAGACACAAAAAAUGCCUAUCUUGAAAAGGCACAAUGUAUUGUUUAUCAAUAUGGAAAUUACACAGAACCAACAACUAAUUUGAAAUUGAAUGGAGUUCACACGCAGGGAGAGAAUAUUGCGGACAACGGAGGCCUCCUUGUGUCAUACAAAGCAUACCAAAAUUGGAUAAAAGAGAACAAACAAGAACUAGCUUUACCUGACUUGGAACUCUCACCAAUGCAACUGUUCUGGAUGUCAGCAGCCCAGACUUGGUGUAGUAAAACAAGACCAGAGACAAUGAAACUAAGAAUCGCAACUGAUACACACUCACCUCCACUUUUCCGAGUCAAUGGCGUUGUAAGUAAUACUGUCGAGUUCUUGAACGACUUUAAAUGCCCAGAAACAUCUGCGAUGAAUAGAAAGAAUAAAUGUAAAGUUUGGUAAUAAUUAGGUUAAAGUGAUAUUUUUGAC